CAAACCUAUUCCGAAGAGUUGCUCACGAGGCCAUUUUGUGAUCUAAAAACAACAUUUUGUGGAUUUUCAGAGUCAACAAUGGGGAGAGAUCCUACUGUGGUUAUAUGGCUGAUGCUGACUUUGGGAGUAGUCACAGCUCAAAUAGAUAAGGUGGAGCGGGCACUGCCACAGUGGCUGACAGGCAUCAUAGCUGUGGCCGUGUUUCUCUUCCUCAUCUUCGUGGCGUUUCUGGUCAACAAGGCCUGGUGUCAGGACUCGAGGCCUGACACCAAAGAAUGUGAGUGUGGGAAGACCCCUGGGUAUGCCAACACCAAUGGAGACCACUAUGAUACCAGCCUGGACAUGUUCAGCAGCAGAGAUCACGAGGGUGCAUAUGAGAACAUGGACCUCGAAGGUAUUGAAGACAAAGUCACUGUCAUGUGACCAAUGAGAUCCAAUAGAAGCCACCAAUCUGUGGUUUGUCGUGGACGCGCACACACACACACACACACACACACACACACACACACACACACACACACACACACACACACACACACACACACACACACACACACACACACACACACACACACACACACACACACACACACACGUAGUUUCAGAGACAUGCAAAAGCAAUUUACCAUGAGCACUCCAAGCAAGUCGCAAAAAGUUUCAAGAUCAGUAGAUAUCCAUUAAAGUGAAUCUUAGAGUGUAGAAUCUUGUCCAACAACUUUCUGACUUGUUUAAAAAGCUACAGUACAUAUGGGCCUAAUGUGUGAUAGAACUCAUUCUUGCAUAAAACCCAUUCCUGCAGUCAAAUGACCAAAUCGCCAUCUCGUGACCUCAUGGGUGGAAUGUUAUUCAUAUUUUUCAUAAUAUCAUAAAACAUUUUUUUAUUUUUUUACAGAAGAAAAUCUGAUGUUUCUACUUCAGAUAAUUUUGUUAUACUGCAUUUCAGUCUUCUGUGAUGUAAAUAAAGUGUAAUAUUGGGAUGCAAACUCAACAUGUAAUACAUUACAACUCUAG